AUGGAUGAUGAAGAGAUGGAAAAGGGAGAGAGGCAGCUGAUGAGGAAGAGGAAAAGAACUGCUGGGAUUGUUGUCGUCGGUGAAUCAAGAGCCAUGCUAGAUCAUCUACCUGAUGAACUGCAAUCCGAUAUUCUGACUCGGCUUCCGGCCAAGAAUCUUCACCAGUGCAUGUGCGUCUCCAAGGCCUGGUGCUCAAUCGUUCGGGAUCCUCCAUUCUUGAGGGCUUACUUAAGACAGCAACCCCAUGGCAGCCUCCUCGUCUCUAUCACUGAUGCCAGAGAUUACAAAGGUGACAUGUGGUUUCCUGAAAACCCUAUAGGUCUAGCUGUCUAUUACUCGCCACUCCUUCGAGUUCAGGAUCAGGUUCAAUGUCCGCAACCAUUUCUUAGCUUGGUUAAAAUCCCGUCUUUUGAUUUGUUCAAGGGAGUCACUAAAGUGGUGAAUGGGCUUGUUUGUGCUUAUGGGAGUAUCGGUGCCAUGGUCUGCAGUGUCGGUUCUCGGGAAAUCGUGUGGCUUCCAGAAAUUAGUGGGUUCCGCAAUUCCGCUUAUGAAGAUUAUUACUUUGGGUACCAUCCUGGCAAUGAAGUCUACAAGUUGCUCAAGAUAAGCAAGUCUAAUUCUAAGCAGGAAGCCCACAUUCUGACGCUCGGCCGCGAUUCUUCUUGGAGAAAGCUGGCUAUUGGGCUUGAUGGGUCUUCUGAAAGAUUACCGGCUGACAGCUUCUUGUGUAAUGGAGUCCUUUACUGGGUGAUGCAUGGCCUGGUUGAGCGGCUGGGGCUGAUUUCUUUUGAUCUGAAGACGGAGAAGUUCCAAUUCAUUGAACCCCCCAAGCACCCCAUAUUUUCGUCCAGGCAAAGCUGGUGGAUACCCACGAAAUUCAGGGGACGGCUGGCGCUGUUAGUUUAUGGUUUCUGGAAAAAUGCAGAAGCUGAAUGUUUUUCCAUUUAUACACUGGAAAAUUGCGAUGAUCGUGGUUCUAGUUCCUGGGAUAGGCAUGCCAUCCCCACACCCCCUGAGUUUCGAGGUGCAGGUAGAUUUUGUGCACAACUUGUUGGCAACCUCCCCACAGGCCAGAUAUUGCUGACAGAUAUGCAUAUUUGGAAGCAUUGUGAUGAUUUCAUACCAAUAUAUUCUUAUGAUGACCAGAGAAACGAGUUCGAGAAGUUUAUAGUUGGCAGUAUCCCUCAGGAGACUAUUCGUGCUCUAGGAUUUACUUUUAGGUUAUCCUAUAUGGCACAGGAAAAUGUUGUAUCAUUGGCUGUCUUGUUUCGUAAGUGGGUGAAAUCAAAAGUAAAUGCAUCCACCAGUUAG